AUCUCCGAAUUGUGAUCAAUAUUUAUUAAAAUAAAAUAUUUAUAUUGAUGUUUUAUCAGUCAUAAAAAAAAAAAAAAAAAAAUAGAUUCAAUUAUUUGGAACAAAAUGUCAGGAAUUCCCGUUCUUCUUGUCACUGCUAAUGUUGGCAGUAUUUUUGAAGAGCCUGGACUAAUGUUAAAAACUUGGACCGAGGAAUUUUUAUCAACAGUAUCUCGAUUGGAUCCCAAAUUUAUAGCAUUACACUGCCAAGAAGUGGGUGGAAAAAAUUAUGAACAGAGUAUGCGUCAUGUAGAAAAUUUUGUCAGAUUGCUGAUGUCUUCUGAAGAAUUAAGACUAUUCGACCGAGUGACUGUGUUCUUAGAUGAAGACUUUUCUUCUGCUGAACACUUUACGGCCCUCGGAAAUUUUUAUUUCGUUCAUGAGUCACUCAAAGACGUGCUCAUAUGGGAUUUUCAAGCAUACAAAUUUGUGGUUGUUUCUGGCAAAGAAGUGCAUUCUGGAAAUAUCGAAUCAGUGCCAACCAAAGAAAAAGCUAAAUUUCCUCAAAACUUCUUCCCCGAGUGCAAAUGGUCCAGGAAAGGAUUUUUACGUACCCGAUGGAGUAUAAGUGGAACAGUAUUCGAUCUUAUAAACAUUCAUUUGUUUCAUGAUGCGAGUAAUUUCAUCGCUAUGGAAUCUUUUCCAUCAGUGUAUAGCAAAACACGACGAAAGGCAUUGGAACAUACAUUAGAUAAAUUUCAUAAUGAUCAGUAUCCUAAUGUUCCAUAUUUUUUAUUUGGUGAUUUUAAUUUCCGUACCGACACGGCGGGUGUUAUAAAAAAACUUACUGAAAAUACCCAUGAAAGUAAGUUAUCGUCUAAAGGAAGUAUUUCAAAGUUACAAUUCCGAAAUGAAGAUGACAAUUUAAUAUUAACAUUAGGUAAAAAAGAAUUUUCUCAUUGCGAGCAUGGACAUGUUUUUACCGAAAAUAGUGGUCAAUGGUUACGAGAAUACGACCGUGAACUUGAAGAUUUUGAAGGUAGAUUAUUUGAAUUUCCUAUUGAAUUUGUGCCAAGUUAUCCUUUCGAAGAGGAUAUUAGUCAAGGAAGUAAUUUUAUGCAGACCAGAGUACCUGCUUGGUGUGAUAGAAUACUUUUAAGUCCUCCAGCAAAGUCAUUAAUUAGUUCAUUUGAUAUGGUUAAGUACGGAAUCAUUGGAGCAAAUACAUGCAUGGGUGACCAUAAGCCUGUCUAUCUGCGGAUUUUGAUAACUUCGAAUGCAGAUUCGACAGAAACUAGUCAGUGCGACGAUAAUAUCGAUCUGUUAAAAAACGUGAAGAAUUUAACUUGCUACAACAAUGGAGCAACAAUUACAAGAUACAUUCAUAUAAAACACGCUGAUUCAUCCGUCAAGAUAUUUCGAGAAACAACUAUUUGAUAAAAGGAAUAUUUCAUGGAUUUAUUUAAAUUAAUUAUCAGAUAUAUUGUGUUAUAAAUUAAAUUUAUCAGAGCUUUGAGUUUUCAAAUUUUCCAGUAAAUCCAAGGCUCUUAUUUGAGUUAAAGUUUAAUUUAUAAGUAAAAUUCAUAACUUACAAACGUAUAGGUAUAAUGUAUUUUUAAUUUAUAAUAAUUAAACUUCCUAAAGAGUCUUGAAAAAAUAAUCUAUAAGAAAUUAGUACUUAAUUUAUAACAGUCAUUAUUAUUAUCAAAAAAAUAUAAAAAAAAUUAUUGAUGUUAUUAUAGGAAUAUACACUGUUCAGAGUACGGAGGGACUUUGUAGUUAAUGUAACUCUAUCUAGAGUUUAUUUGUAUUGUUUUGAACUCCGAACUGUAGUUUUUAAGUGUCAUUGAACAAUUCUACGUACUGUGUCAUAAUAGAUUUAUAGAGGGUAUGGUUAGUUUUAUGAAAUAUGCACGUUCUCGAUUUAUUAUUAUUUUCUAUGAAAAAUACUUUUCAACUAGAAUAAAUUAUAUUACUAUAUUAAUUUAUUACGUUUUAACUAUAAAAAAAUCGAGAAAAUAUGUUAGAGAAACUUUAAUAUUUUAUAGAUAAGUACUGUGGCCCAGCAAAAAAUAGGCAAUUUUUCUUAAGAAAAAAAUGUUAAUUCAUCAUGUAAGGAACUCUCUCUCUGAUGAAAAGUUUUAUAGAAAUCAAUCAAGAUUUUAAAAAAUUUUCAAAAUCGUCAAAAAAUAAAUUUUGUCUUUGCUUUUAAUCAUAAAUUUUCUUUAUUUUUAUUGUACUAAUUUUUACUUCAAGGGUAGGCUAUAGUAAAUUUACUUUAAAAAAUUAUAAAAUUGAACAAUACAAAACUUCCGCAACAGUUAAUCGUUUGUUCUUUUUUAGAAAAUUCAUUUUAUUUGAUUCUAUAAUUUAUCCAAGUUUAUUUAGUUCAAAAAGCUACACUGGAAAAAAAAAAAAAUUCAUUUUGAAAAAAAUGACCAAUGUGUUAAUAAGAAACCAAAAUUUUUCUCAUAGUAACUUAUUUGUUGAAAAAAACGUUUUCUAGAAUCGGGAAAAAAAUAAUUUUAGAUGACAAUUCGCAAGUUGUCUAUCUAAAAUUGAUUUUUUCCAAAUCAAAAAAUUUUUUUUCCAACAAAAUAGUCACUGUGAGAAAAAUUUUGAUUUCUUCAGCUAAGAAAUAAAAUUGUUUAAAAUUUUCAACAAAUUAAUUUCUUGUCACAGCAAUGUCCAUUUUUUUCGAUAAAUUUUUUCUCUCAGUGUAUCUUAAAUUCAGAUUACUCAAAAAUAUGUAAAGUAAAUUCUCAGAAAAAAUAUUUUCAAUUUAUGAAUAAUAAAA